GCUGAAGGCCAGGGGAGCUGCUGCAGCAUCGUGCACGUGGUGAGCUGCGAGGAGGAAUUCCAGCAGCAGCAGCUGGAUCUGCUCUGGAGGAUUUUGGAUCCAGGAGCUCACACAGCUUUGCAGAAACACCUUGUCUGUGGACCAGUGAAGGUGACAAACCCCUCAUCGCCCAUUGGGGCCGACCAGUACUUCCAGCUCCGUAAGCGCCAGAUGUAUGAAGCCUCUGUGAUGAAGUACGGGGAGCUUGCACAAGAUGAGGCCUGGACUGAGGUGAUUGAUACCCUCACCGUGGCUGCCAUCAGGUUUGAGAUGCUGAGCACUGCUCACCGGAGUCAGAUCACCCUGGACCUGGAGGACAGCAGCAUCUCCACGAAGGGAACCAAGAGUGGUGCCUUCGUAAUGUACAACUGCGCCCGGCUGGCCACGCUCUUCGACACCUACCAGCGGGCUGUGGAGCGGGGCACGUACCCACCUCUGCCAUCAGCAUCAGAACUAAACUACUCCUGCCUCCGGGAAGAGGGCGAAUGGCUUCUGCUCUUCAACUAUCUCCUGCCAUUCCCUGAAGUCCUGCAGCGGGCAGCACAGCUGCCCCCACCCAGCAAGGGGAUCCGGAUCACAGCCAACACAGAGACAGUGUGCAAGUUCCUGAUCCAGCUCAGCAUGGAUUUUAGCUCAUACUACAACCGGGUCCAUGUCCUGGGGGAGCCAUUCCCUCACCUCUUUGACCAGAUGUUUGCCCGCCUCCGGCUCCUGGGAGCAGUGAGGGACGUGUUCCACAGUGCGCUGGCGACUCUGCACCUCCCUCCUCUCAGCCAGAUCUGAGCCACACUGAAGAGCCACACCGCAGUGUCACAGGCAUCAGGACAACGCUCCACGAGGGGAAGGAGAGGGCACGUCCUCCCUGGCAGGGCGAGGGGCUGCCCCACCACCAGGCAGGGAGUCGGGGCAUGCCUCAGCCCCAUGCAGG